AUGAAUCCUGAAAAUUCCAAUACAAGAGGUAAAAAAAUUCUAGGAAUGUUAGGAAUAAGGAAAGACACUGCAAGCGGAAAAAUCGCAUCUGAUGCGUCUGUGAUACACGAUGUUAUAGAAAGAAUUAUCAGCAAUGUAGAAGCAAACAUCCAAAAAGGGCAGUUGAAAGAAGUUGAUCGUGAUUUUUGUGUAGAAAUGGAAGUCGAUAGAGCAGAAGAAGAAAUAGAUAGAGAAAAUGAGGAAGAAACUAAUUCGGAGUCUGAGCCUUUCUCAGACGACUCAAUUAUCGAUCCUAAUUACGAAGCUGAAUCAACCACAACAACAGACAAUGAACAAGAAGCACCAUCACAAGAUGAAGAGGAAGUAAUUGUAACAAAAAAGAAAACCACAAAAAGAAAGAAGGACCCUCAGGAGUGGAAAAGAAAUAAAACAAAAUUACUAAGAAAUAGCGGACAGGCCUACGUCACACUUAAGAAACGUCAUAUCGUAGAACCUAGACAAAUGAAACCUCCUUGUGGUGAUAAUUGUAAACUUAAGUGUUCAGUUAAAUUCUCUGACGAGGAAAGAACAGCGAUAUUUCGUAAAUAUUGGGACCUCGCCGAUAUUGUCAAACAGCGAACAUUCAUUGUGACACUGAUGCACGAAAUACUUCGAGAUGACAAUAAUUCCAUUUCACGUAAUGGUAGAAACAAACGAACCAACAAUAACAUUUUUUAUCUUUUCAAAGAUAAUCAAAAAUUAAGGGUUUGUAAGGUGUUUUUUAUUUCAACUUUGGGAAUUACCACUCGCUGUAUUCGAAGCGUGAUAUCUAAGAGAAAAGAAGGACAUUUUGAAGAUAAAAGGGGUAGGCAUGGAAAUCAAAAGCAAAUACCGGACUUAAAGGAUGAUAUCCGUAAUCACAUUUCGUCAAUUCCUAAGAUUGAUAGCCACUAUACCAGAGCUCAUAGUGAAAAACAGUAUAUUGAAGGCGGUAAGACCUUAACCGAUCUAUACCGAGACUACAAAAAUCUAUGUGAGCAGGCCGGCAAAUCCGUCGCAAGUUUAACAACAUACAGGGAUAUUUUCUAUUAUGAAUUCAACUUGGCUUUUUUUGUCCCCAAAAAAGACCAAUGCCAAAAGUGUGUUUCCUAUGAAAAUGUGGAUGUUGACGAGAAACAGAGAAUGGAAGAAGACUUUUUAUUACACCAAAGAGAAAAGACGCUAAGCAGAAAGGAAAAAGAAGCAGAUAAAAAAAAAUGUAGUGAAAAUUACAGGGUUAGUUGUUUUGAUUUGCAGGCUACAUUGCCAACACCAAAGGGCGACGUUUCAUCAUUCUAUUACAAAUCGAAACUCUCGACUUACAAUUUUACUGUGUGUGGUCUUACUCAGAAAGGACAAGGCCCUGUUACGUGUUUUAUGUGGCACGAAGGACAAGGCAAAAGAGGAGCCAAUGAAAUUGGCUCCUGCUUGAUAAAAUAUUUACAACAACAGAGUGAAACUUAUGAUGGUAAUGACUUAGAUAUCGUAUUUUAUUCUGAUAAUUGCUCAGGCCAGCAAAAAAAUAAAUUUGUUUUAGCAGCUUACUUUUAUUCGGUAGCUAAGUAUAACAUUAAGUCAAUAACGCAUAAAUAUUUGGUGACCGGCCACACACAAAACGAAGGUGAUAACGUUCACUCAGUGAUAGAAAAAAACAUUAAGAGGGCACUAAAGUCUGGUCCAAUUUAUACACCAGACCAUUACAUGAUGUUGGUCAAAGGUGCAAAGAAGACGGGUACUCCUUACAAAGUUGAAGAGAUGAGCUUUGAUGAUUUUUUUGACUUAAAAAAAUUAACUACGCAAACUUCUUUUAAUUAUUAUAGGGACAGUUCUGGCGAUAUUGUUAAAAUGAAUGAUGCCUGUGUUUUUAGAGUAGAGAAAAAUUCUCCAGAUAUUUUCUUCUACAAAACUUCGUUUAGUCAAACUGACUACAAAAGUGUAAGCAUUAGACAAAGAAAUACGCGAACAACUGCAGCCUUCGACUCUUUCGAAACUGCUAAUCUGGAAUGUGCGUACCAAGAUGUUAUACCAAUUCCAAAAAAAAAAUUUGACGACCUGAUGGAUUUGCUAAAAAGUAAUGCCAUUAAAAAAUGUCACAGUCACUUUUAUAAUAGCCUGAAAUAUGCCAAAGACUAA